UAAAUAUAAUUCAAGUCAGUUGAAUUUAUUUAUCACUCAACAAAACUCAGAAGCAGCGAGAGCGAGACUGAGGAAAACCGAAAAUGGAAAACACACUUUCAGCGUUGAGGUCGUUGAUGGCGUCUCACUCUCCGCCUCUUGAUGCCUUAGUUGUCCCCUCUGAAGAUUAUCACCAGAGUGAAUACGUCUCCGCUCGAGACAAGCGUCGUGAAUUCGUCUCUGGCUUCUCUGGAAGUGCUGGUUUGGCACUUAUAACUAAGGAUGUAGCACUGCUGUGGACCGAUGGACGCUACUUUUUGCAGGCUGAACAACAACUUAGUGAUGAGUGGAAGCUAAUGCGCAUUGGUGAAGAUCCUGCUGUGGACACCUGGAUGGCUGAUAACUUGCUAAAAGAAGCAUCCAUCGGGGUUGAUCCUUGGUGCAUUUCAAUUGAUACUGCCCAAAGAUGGGAGCGUUCUUUUGCCGAAAAACAGCAGAAGCUGGUUCAGACAACAAAAAACUUGGUUGAUGAAGUAUGGGCAGAUCGCCCACCGGCCGAGAUUAAUGCUGUGGUUGUACAACCAUUAAAAUUUGCAGGUCGCUCUGUUGCAGAUAAAUUGAAAGAUUUGAGAAAAAAGCUUGUACAGGAGCAAGCUCGGGGGAUAAUUUUCACAUCACUUGAUGAAGUUGCAUGGUUGUAUAAUAUUCGUGGAAAUGAUGUGGCAUACUGUCCCGUUGUUCAUGCAUUUGCUAUUGUGACAUCCAAUUCUGCUUUCCUUUAUGUGGACAAGCGUAAGGUGUCAGCUGAGGUAAAGUCUCAUUUGGAGGAGAAUGGAAUUGAAAUUCGAGAGUACACAGCAGUAAGCUUUGAUGUUGCAUUGCUUGCAACGGAUGAGCUUGAUACUACAUCUACUGCCAAAGAUACUCUAGCUGAAAUUACAAAGCAGGCUGAAAAAUUUGUCAGUGAAACCAAUAAGAGUGUAAACGGCAAACAUCAGGCAAAAGAAAAUAGUAACAACCUCAUAUGGGCUGAUCCAGGUUCAUGCUGUUAUGCAGUGUAUUCAAAAUUGAACCCUGAUACAGUUCUCUUGCAGCAAUCACCUUUGGCUCUUGCAAAAGCUUUGAAGAACCCGGUGGAGUUGGAGGGGUUAAAACAGGCACAUAUUCGGGAUGGUGCAGCUGUUGUGCAAUAUCUUGUCUGGUUGGAUAAGCAGAUGCAGGAUAUUUUUGGAGCAUCUGGUUACUUCUCAGAGGGGAAUACUGUGAAAAAAGAGGAACUGUCGCAGUCCUUGAAAUUAACUGAGGUGACUGUAAGUGACAAGCUUGAAGGUUUUCGAGCAUCAAAAAAGCAUUUCAGAGGAUUGAGUUUCCCUACUAUUUCCUCUGUUGGUCCCAAUGGCGCUGUUAUUCAUUAUUCUCCAAAAGCUGAAACAUGUGCCGAGCUUGAUCCAGAUAAAAUUUAUCUUUUUGAUUCUGGUGCCCAGUAUCUAGAUGGAACAACUGAUAUUACAAGAACAGUUCAUUUUGGGAAACCUUCGGCCCAUGAGAAAGCAUGCUAUACAGCGGUCUUAAAGGGUCACAUUGCUCUUGGGAAUGCUGUGUUUCCUAAUGGGACAAAUGGUCAUGCCCUUGAUAUACUUGCUAGAAUUCCUUUGUGGAAGAAUGGUCUUGAUUAUCGACAUGGUACUGGUCAUGGUAUUGGGUCCUACCUGAAUGUUCAUGAAGGACCUCAUUUAAUCAGUUUCAAACCUCGGAAUGUACCGUUGCAAUCUUCCAUGACUGUUACAGAUGAGCCUGGUUACUAUGAAGAUGGAGCAUUUGGAAUAAGAUUGGAGAAUGUGCUUAUAAUCAACGAGGCUGAUACAAAAUUCAAUUUUGGUGAUAAGGGUUACUUAUCUUUUGAGCAUAUUACCUGGGCACCAUAUCAAACGAAGUUGAUUGACCUGAACCUUCUAACGCCUGAUGAGAUAAAUUGGCUGAACUCUUAUCACUCCAGAUGUAGGGAUAUUUUGCAACCACAUUUGGAUGAUGCAGCUGAAAAUGAAUGGCUCAAGAAAGCCACUGAACCUGUAGGUGUGUGAGCUGUGUUGUGAGUUUGGAAAAGUUAAUAAUUGACUUUACUACGGCGUAAUACUGCAUAUAAAUUGAUUCUUGCUCUUUAUAAGGUCUAUAAUGUUGAAUUUCCUACCAAACACCACAUCAGUUUUUUUUUUUAAUUUUCCUUUGUAGUUUUAUUAUCAUCGAACUCUUAGUCUAAAUAAGAUGAACCUUGUAGCUGAAAAUGAAGAACCACAAGUACAGAUGUAAGUGGACAAAAGUUUAAUUCGAAGAUUGUUUCUUGCUUGA